AUGAUUCUCAAAAUGGCAACGAACCCACCUUUCUUGUUGAACAAGUGAGCAUCGUUUCUUUUAAAACGCUUUCGCAAGACCGUGUCUUGAAAAAGUCAAACAGGCGACAUGGAAAAGAGAAUUGAAUUAGAAAAGCGUGGUCGUUCUCCGGCACAGAUUAAAGAAUUGAAUCUUGAUAAUUGUCGGAGUACUCAAAUAGUUGGUUUAACAGAUGAAUUUGUUAAUUUGGAAAUUUUAAGCCUCAUCAAUGUUGGUCUUGUUAGUCUUAAAGGUUUUCCAAAGUUGCCAAAUUUAAAAAAAUUGGAGCUAAGUGAUAACAGGAUCUCUGGGUGCUUAAAUUUGCUGCAUGGAAGUCCGAAACUAACACAUCUUAACCUCAGUGGAAAUAAAAUAAAAGACAUUGAAACACUAAAUCCAUUGCAAGAAUUCAAAAACUUAAAGAAUCUUGACCUAUUUAAUUGUGAAGUCACAAGUGUGGAAAACUACAGAGAUGAAGUAUUUGGUCUCAUCAGCAGUUUAAAGUACCUGGAUGGGUAUGAUCGAGAAGAUAAAGAAGCUGAAGACUCUGAAAAUGACGAUGAUGAUGGCAAUGAAGAUGAUGAUGAAGAAAAUGAUAUUCAUGAAGAUGGAGACAGUGAUGAUGAAGAUGAGGAGGAUGGUGAAGAUGAACAAGAUGAUGAUGAUGACGUGAAUGUUGAUGAAGAUGAAGAGGAUGAAUUAGAGGAUGAGGAUGGAGAUGAAGAAGAGGAUAGUGAAGGUAAUGAAUUUAAUGCAGAAGAUGAAGAAGAGGAUAUGAAUGCCGGUAAAGGUCAGAAACGGAAAAGAGAUGGUGAUGAUGGAGAUGAAGAUUGAAAAAAAAAAAAGAACUUUCCAACAUUGCUUCAUCUGUUCAUCCUAACAUAUAGAGUGAUAAAAUGUACAGCAUACUUUAUAUCAUUCAUCUUUUAUGUUUUACCAUUUUCAAAAUAUGUAUCUAAAGGGUAAAACAUAAAAGCAAAUGCCUGAGACCAAAUGAAAGAAAUGGGUUUCAUUCAUUGUUACUCAUUUUGGAGUUGUGCCUCUUAGUCUAAACCCACAAGCCUUGUCAGGAUCCUUUUUGCUAUCAAUUCAGAGACAUUCUUAAAGUUGAACUAUAAUUUUAUAAGCAUAUUUCUUUUUCUUUACUACUGCAUUUGUAAUAUAUCAUAUUGUUUUUGUGUGAUCCAUUUGAAAUUAUAAAAUAGUAUAAUCAUGUCUAACAAGUGCUAUUUAUUUACCUAUCUCUCAAAUUUAGUAAUGUAACCCUUAAACUUUAUUUAUUCUGAGAGCAAACUAUGCAUUUUUAUGCUAUGUAUGAUUGUUCUUUUCAUUUUAAAUAAACAUUAUUUUUGAAAAAAAAAUUUAAUUGUAAAAAUUAAAGAAGCAUUAUAGACGGUUCCUGGUUUGGUUUAUGGUUUAUUAAAGAACAGUUGUCAUCGCUUUUAAAUUCAUUGCUUACUUAUAUCACUUGUCAUUUCAUCUCAGAAUAACAGGCACUCUCAGAGAAGCUUGUAUAUCACUAUUGUUAAUAAAAGAUUUUUUUAUAUAA